CACAUCUCAUUCCCCCGCUCAGAUCCCCCCGCUCAUGGCGGAACGCAUCCGACGUCAGCGCAGCCAUCCUGUUUCUUAUAUUCCUGGACGGCCUGUUUUGCAUAAUUAUCUGCUUCUACUCCGCGACUGCGCACGGUUUUGUGUCAGAACCAACUUCUCUUUCAACAAAUUGCAGUAACCAACCUCCCUGAACGGCGAGCCGCCCCGAUACGUCGGGGGAUAAAGGAAUGGAACAGGAUUUCUCUUUGAACCCUUUGGUUAGACAAGGUUAUUCGUCUUGUUUGCGGAUUUCUUGCAGUGUUCAGGGUUCUCCUCAUGUGACUGACAGGAGGUCGACGCAUGGAAAAAGACUCUCAAAAUGCCUUUGGAGGUUGACGCUCACCAUGAAAGAGGAAAUCAGGGAGGUCUGGGCAUGUCGAAAAGGCCUCUGUCCUUCACGCUCACAGCUUCCGUCGGCUCGGAUGAAAAUUGUCACCCGACUCCGUGUGCCGCCGCUCCGCGUUGUAUAAAAGACGACCCGGACGACCCAGAGUACUCAUCGAAGGUCUCCUCUCCCCAUCGAUACUUGGUUCUCAUCAGACUUUCGACAAUGGUUCAUCUCAACCUCCUCGCUGCUGUGCUCUCUGCUCUUGCUCUUGUCUCCAGCGCUGCGUCCAUCAGCAGGCCUGGCUCUGCCCGGGACCUCAGCAGUGUCGACAUCGUCACUACGCUUCCCGCUGAAGCCACUGCCUUCGGAUCGGACAACGACACGGACUGGACCGUCGCGUACGACAAGGACUUCAAGGCACUCGGCCGGCUCAAGAACGAGGACUUCCAUGCGCUGAUCGACCCGAGCGGUAACUCGACCCAGCUGGCCGCCAGACAGGUGACGCGUGGUCGUCAUUGCACCGAGCUCUCUGUCGGCGAGCUCCAAAGCCUUCCUGCUUGGUCCGACCUCGAUGGGUAUGUCAAAGGAAGUCUUGCCUCUCGAGGCCGAUACAAUGUCUGGACAAACUGGGACGGUGCGGACCGAGCCAGGGCCUGUGUCGCCGACGACCACGUCUCCAUCGAACGCACGGGACAAGCCCAAUGCAACACCGGCGAGCGGACCUUUAACGGGGACCGUGUCGGCCGGAGCGGUAUCCUCCGUCUGGAGGCCCUGUCUGGAUCGGGGACGACGAUCAGAGAGUCUAUCACCAGAGCCGCGAGCAUCGGGUCGCGUUACACCGUCCCGAGCAUCGACUUCGAUAUCCCCAACAUCGGCGAAGCCACCACGCCCUACCGGGACUCUAUCUCGUUCAGCAACGAGCUCGGGAAGAACUUUGAGAAGACCAUCAGCAAGGAGAGCACCCGCUCUGUCGAUGUCCGUUCGGAGUUCGGAGACUACUGCAGCAUGAUCGUUGAAACUACCACUUGCGAACAGCAGUCCCGCGGUCGUGUAGGCUUCGUGGCGGAUGGCUACAUCCGCUUCGGCUUUGACUCUCGUGUCCGGGACCACUCCUACUGGCACCUGCCUCUCUCCCGGGAAUCUCGGGACAAGCGCACCUCGUACAUGGAGUUCACCGGUUCGAUCAACUCGCACGGAUAUGGCCGCUACCGCUCCGAGUGCCACAAGUAGAGGCAUCCGAGAGUUCCAUACGUACUUGACCUGUACAUAGCCUUCUAUCUUUCUUUCUACUUCUACCAUGUACCUUGGACUAUGAUUUGAUAUGAACGUUGUCUUGUGGGGGGAUUUCAUCCUUCUCAUCCCCCCAUGCUGGA